AUGAGGUGGGAGAACCAGAGCACUGUGUCUGAAUUCCUCCUGCUGGGGCUCCCCAUCCGGCCAGAGCAGCAGGGCGUGUUCUUUGCCCUGUUCCUGGGCAUGUACCUCACCACGGUGCUGGGGAACCUGCUCAUCAUCCUGCUCAUCAGGCUGGACUCUCGCCUCCACACCCCCAUGUACUUCUUCCUCAGCCACUUGGCCCUCACGGAUGUGUCCUUUUCCUCUGUCACCAUCCCAAAGAUGCUGGUGAAUAUGCAUAUGCAAGAUCAAUCCAUCUCCUAUACAGCAUGUGUAACGCAGACGUAUUUUUUCAUGUUUUUUGCUUGUAUUGAUAACCUUAUUCUGGCAGUGAUGGCAUAUGACAGGUAUGUGGCUAUCUGCCACCCUCUACACUACAUCACCAUCAUGAGGGCGGAGUUGUGUGUUUUUCUGUUGGCAGGAUCCUGGUUACUCUCAUGUGCCAAUGCCCUGUCCCACACCCUCCUCUUGGCUCAGCUGUCCUUCUGUGCUGACAAUACUAUGCCCCACUUUUUCUGCGACCUUGCUGCCCUGCUUAAGCUGUCCUGCUCAGACACGUCUCUGAACGAACUGGUCAUAUUCACUUCUGGGGCUGCAGUUGUCAUCUUUCCGUUGAGUGGCAUCUUGGUGUCUUAUGGUCGCAUUGGGGCCACCAUCCUAAGGUUCCCUACAAUCAAGGGCAUCUGCAAAGCCUUCUCUACCUGUGGUGCCCAUCUAUCUGUGGUUUUUCUCUUCUACGGGACAAUCAUGGUAUUAUACUUUUUCCCAUCAUCAAAUAAUUCCAACGACAAAGAUAUAGUUGCCUCAUUAAUGUACACAGUAGUCACUCCCAUGUUGAAUCCUUUUAUCUACAGCUUGAGGAACAGAGACAUGAAAGAGGCCCUGGGGAAACUUGUCCGAGGGGAGAUAUUUUUAUCUAAGUAA